AUGAUAAGCGGCCCCAAGAACCCUAGUUUGUUGUCGGUGUCGUUUUGACUUUUGUCUCCUCAAAAUAAAACUCACAUCUCUGUUUUCUUCCUCAUUUUCCCAUUUCCCAAUAUGCACUCAUCCUCUUCACAUUGAUUCUUUCAUCUUUGAAGCUCUCUAAGGAGCGCUUCCAUUUUCUCACACCCUUUCUCACCAGUAACCCAAUUACUCUCCACCUCCACUAAGAAUUUUUUCCUGUUCAUUAUUAUGAAGUGUAGUGAGUGCUACUUGCGUUGAAUUGCAUAUGUUGGCGAAAACUUGUGAAAAAGGGGAUGGAUCUAAGUCCCUGGGUAAGAUACUGGCAAGAUGGAGGGAAUAUAAUGCCCAACUUGAAGCCUCCUGCAACGACGGAGACAAGCCUGUUCGAAAAGUUGCAGCUAAGGGAUCGAAGAAAGGGUGUAUGAAAGGUAAAGGAGGGCCUGAAAACUCGCGGUGUAACUAUAGAGGUGUUAGGCAGAGGACUUGGGGGAAAUGGGUUGCUGAAAUCCGCGAGCCUAACCGAGGGAGUAGGCUAUGGCUAGGUACUUUUCCAACUGCCAUUGGUGCUGCUUUUGCUUAUGAUGAAGCAGCCAGGGCAAUGUAUGGUUCUUGCGCUCGUCUCAACUUUCCUAAUGUUUCGGUUCCCAGAUUCUCCGAGGAAUCUUCAAACGAUUCUCCAGAUGCAAAUCACUCUGGUUCCUCAAUGACAGUAUUGACAAAUACUGAAUCCAUGAUAAUACCAAAUAACUCAGGGAUAGGAGGUGACGACGAUACUGAUAUGGAACCUGUUUCCUUAUCCGUAAGCGUCAAACAGGAGAAUGAGGAAGGUGAAUCAGGAUAACUUUGUUCCUUCCUUCUUGUUCAUGAUGUACAUUUUGCAUGCUGUGAUUUCGAUAUGGCAUGUAUAUUUAGCUCUUGUACUGCUAAUUAUCAACUUAGGAGUAAUGAACCUUGAUGUUUAGACUUGUAGAUUUGCAAUUGUAAUUUGCAAAACUAAAAUGAACUUGGUUGGAAAGUGGCCUUAUGCACUCUUGAUAAGUCAAGUUUUACCUUAUAAGAUAUGAAAUGUAUUCUACAUUUCUUCGACA